AUGGAGUGGCAGAGCCUGAUCGAGGAGUCGGCGCGCCGGCCCAAGCCCCUCAUCGACCCCGCCUGCAUCACCUCCAUCCAGCCGGGGGCCCCCAAGACCAUCGUGCGGGGUAGCAAAGGCGCCAAGGAUGGGGCCCUCACACUGCUGCUGGACGAGUUCGAGGACAUGUCGGUGACACGCUCCAACUCCCUGCGGAGAGACAGCCCGCCGCCCUCCACCCGUGCCCGCCAGCAGAACGGGGUGGCCGAGGAGCCGGCCACCACGGCCAGAGGGGCCCCGGAGAAGGCAGGUGGCCGCGGCCGGACCACCGGGCGAAGCGAGACAGGGGGCAGCAGUGGUGACAGGCGGCGGGUGGGGCCGGAGAAGAGGCCCAAGUCUUCCAGAGAGGGUCCGGGGGGACCCCAGGAGCCCUCCCGGGACAAACGCCCCCUCUCUGGGCCUGAUGUCAGCGGGGCGAAGCUGGCAGCUGGCCGGCCUUUUAACACGUACCCAAGGGCCGACACAGACCACCAGUCCCGAGGUGCUCAGGGGGAGUCUCACGGCAGGGCCCCUAACGGGCCAUCUGUGGGGGGAAUGGCUGGGCCCGAGUCCUCCUCCUCCUCCUCCCGGCCCGCCACCCAAGUCCGAGGCACCACCAGCCCCGGGGUGCUGGGCCCCCAUGCCUCUGAGCCCCAACUGGCCCUUCAGACCUCUACCACGUCCAUCCCUGCAGCUCUCCCCGCCCCCCCAGCCUCCGGUCCCCCAGGCCCUCGCUCACCCCAGCGGGAGCCCCAGCGGGUGUCCCACGAGCAGUUCCGGGCGGCCCUGCAGCUGGUGGUGGACCCGGGCGACCCUCGCACGUACUUGGACAACUUCGUCAAGAUCGGCGAGGGCUCCACCGGCGUGGUGUGCAUCGCCACCGUGCGCAGCUCCGGCCGGCUGGUGGCCGUCAAGAAGAUGGGCCUGCGCAAGCAGCAGAGGCGCGAGCUACUCUUCAACGAGCGCGACAUCAAGAGCGACUCCAUCCUGCUGACCCACGACGGCCGCGUGAAGCUGUCCGACUUCGGGUUCUGCGCCCAGGUCAGCAAGGAGGUGCCCAGAAGGAAGUCGCUGGUGGGCACUCCGUACUGGAUGGCCCCGGAGCUCAUCUCCCGCCUGCCUUACGGGCCCGAGGUGGACAUCUGGUCUCUGGGGGUUAUGGUGAUCGAGAUGGUGGAUGGGGAGCCCCCCUACUUCAAUGAACCUCCUCUCAAAGCCAUGAAGAUGAUUCGGGACAACCUGCCGCCCCGGCUGAAGAACCUGCACAAGGUGUCACCGUCUCUCAAGGGCUUUCUGGACCGCCUGCUGGUGCGGGAUCCCGGCCAGCGGGCCACAGCUGCCGAGCUGCUGAAGCACCCCUUCCUGACCAAGGCCGGGCCACCAGCCAGCAUCGUGCCCCUCAUGCGCCAGAAUCGCACCAGAUGAGGCCCAGCCCCGGCCCGGAACCAAAGAGCCCCGAGGGCCAGCCUGCUGUCCUGCAGGAGGCCAGUCAGAGACAGCCCUCGCCCCGGGAUGCCCUCCUAGAGCACAGGACCUACUACUGAGCUCCCAGCUGACCUUUCGGGAGAACAGGGAGCAAGUGAGCAAGCGAGCACGUGCCCGGAACAUCCCCCUCACCCACACCCCCCACCUCCCAGGAAGGACAGCCGGCCCCCAUCACUGGAACCCUGCUGCGGGGGCAGGGAGAGUACUGUGGAAGGGGUGUGUGCGUGUGUGCCGGGAUGGCCCAGCGAGUGGGCAUCUCCAAUGUACACCCCUUAGCUAUACGGGGGUCAAUCAUGAAUGUCUGAAGGAGUGGCCUUUUCCCUUUGCCCUGUGUACCCUUGGGAUGGGUGGCGGUUGGGGGGCAAGCGCCCCGCCCUCCUCGCUUGCCUCUGCAGAAGAUGACUACUGGUCUGGACAGCCACCUCUUUUCUAGAAAUCUAUUUAUAUUACCGUUUUGUAACACUCGAGCCAGCCCCCGCCUGGGCAUGGGCAGCCCUGCCCUGCAGGGUGGUGCGGUGGGGGGCAGAGCCACUAUCUGAAGAAUCAGGUUCCUGGCCCCUCGGCACAGCUCCGCCCUCAUCCUCCCUCAAGUUAGUUUUACAAUUAAAGCAUUUUCUUGUU